AUGGACGCCUCGAAGAGGUCACGAUUCCAACAAGCCAACGAUGACCUGUAUUGUGGGACGAAUGUCGUCGACACGACAAGCCCACGACAAACCCCGCUGUCCGGGCAGUUGACAGGCGCCCGUUGCAAGCGAGGGGUUGCCUUGACAUGCCUUCCGCGGGACGGACCAGUCCAUGUUUUACACCUGGAUCAAUCGGCAACCCAUGCAAGACAAACCAUGGACCUGUUUGGCGACUUCAAAAGCGAGAUAACGCGGCGAAUCGGCAGCUGCGUACCCUCUAGUGUUCGAUGGGGGCUUCUGCGAAGCUCCAGUGGAUACAACUUUGGCCUGCCUGUUCCUUGCACAUUGACCACCAUGUUCCGGCCUCUUAUCAGCUGUUGCGGUCAACGCUACGGACAAGAUCCCACGUUAUUUGAAGCCGAGGAAUGGGCGACAGGCAUCUAG